GUCGUCUCUGUCCGUUGCCUUCUCCAGGCCCCCCUGCGUCCCCGCUCGGUCGUUGCAGCAUGGCCAGCACCCGUCCGAGCAGACGGCAGGCCAAGCAGGCGUCCGAUACAGAUCCCGGUUCAAAGCCCGUUGCCCAGAUCUUGCCUCACAGCCACGGCGAUUCCCCUGAACGUCCGCCAUCCCCAGCCAAGACCGCUGGUGCGGUGCCCCGCAUGUCGGGCGUCCCAAUACCUCUCAACAACAGCUCUGUCGACGGCGUCUCAUCCAUCAAGCAAACCACCCCGGGUCGGAAGCGGGGGCGUCGGCCGGCUGCCCUCAAGUGGACUCCUGAAUAUGCGCUCUCCCAGCCAGACUCGCCCUUGGUGUCUAUCGACCUGGCGUCUGUUUUCCGCGACGAAAGCCUCAGGAGCAUGCUCUCUGCUGAGGACCUCCAUGAGCUCUCGCGGCUGCUGCCGCCCGAGGCCCUGGAUGCAGAGGGUAUCGCCUCGGCUUCGUUUCUGCGGAGCUCUCACUUGCACCGUGCAAUCGAUGAUUUCCAGCUCGAGCUCGCUAACGGGCGGAAAACUGCCGAGUUUCUCAAGAACAGAGCCGACAACUAUGAGCGGCAUCGCCAGGCGUAUGACGAUUGGAAGGUUGGCCAUGCGAGAGGGAUGAGAGAGGAGAAUCCAGAUGCCACUCAAACACCUGUCAAGAGCAAGCCAAUACGGCGGGAUGACAACAAAGGCCGGUCGCCGGAUCACCAGCCCAAGGAUGUGCCAACCUCCGCAGAGCCAUAUCGGUCUCAGGUGUCGGCCGAGUCAAAGCAUUCGCCUCUGUCUGCGAACCCAGGCUAUUCUCAGCCGCCGCUUGAUGUAGAUUACUCGCCCAUGGACAACCAAGAGUCCCCCGCCGAGCGAGAAAAGUCGCCCGUAGUUUCGGAUGCGCCUCUCGAGAUACAGGAGUCAACGCUUGUAGAUCCCGCUCUGAAAUCGAUGCAAGACUCAUGGGCCACUUAUGCCUCCGUUUCGAGCGAUUCGCCAAGCGAUUUGACGAGCGUAUCAUCCAAGAGCAGUCCAGAAUAUGAACUCAGUCCAGAGUCCGUGGAUGCAAUGCAACCGAGUGAAGCAAUGGCCGAUGCUUCCGCUGCAAAUACACAUUCAUGUCCCGUCGAGUUUUCGGCCGGGUCUCCCAGCUCUUCAGCGCAAGCGGCAUCGGACAAGAUUAUCUUCGGCGACCGUCGCUCUGCAGCUGAGGAGAGUUUGACUGAGAGCGAAAAUGGUCAGCACACCAUCUAUAGCCAAGAUGACCUCGACAUCGUCGCUGCGGACAGGGUCAAGAGAGUCGAUCGCCGUCGCAAAGCCCAAAGCAUGGCCACCUCCAAAAGCGCUACUCGACGCAAUGCCGCUGCCGAAAAGUCUGUCCAAACAAGCAGCACCAGCACUCGCGCUUCCACAGGCAAGGGUGGCAAACAAAACGUACUUGAGGAAGACGUUCCUGAUAUGACGCUGUUUGCGAGGUUGAUUGUCUUCAAGCUGAUCCGGGAAGACGACGAUCUAUAUUACUGCCCGCCUCUCUCACGGGUCUAUCUCUCGAGAGCUGGACAAGGCCAAACACUGAAAUACUACUUCCGGGUCAAGAAGAUCAACGACGACAAAACACUCUCGUUCUCUGCUACUAUUCGAGUUGACAGGCAAGUCAUUCCCUUCCCAAACCCACCUGGUCCCGACGGUGUCCCGAGUCUCGAAAUGAUCCAGAGGCUGAUAGCCGACAUCAACCCACAUGUGGAGAAUCCUCGUCGGCAAAACCAUGACCUUACUCAGCUCUUUGGCAUCCGGAGGUACCGACGUGAGAUUGGCACACUGCACAGCAUUUUGAAGAAGCCAAGGAGUACCUGAGUUGAUCUGUCCUCGGAUGUAGCAUUCAGCUACGACGUUGGUGCGCUUUAUUCGCACGACAGCGGGUCACCCGGACCCAUUGCAGUCGAUCCAGAAAAAAACGGGACACCCUGGUUUUGGUCGUUGGCCGAAUAAUUUGUUUCCCAAUACCAUCGUGCCGGCCG